AUGGUAGUAAAAUUAAAUUAUUCUUUUUAUCUUUUUUUUUUAUAUUUUUUCUAUAUUAAAUUUCAGUUUAUCCAGUGUGUAACAGAUGAUGGAAUAAGUGAAGAAGAAACUAAAAAUAUAAAGCAUUUAACUCACGAAGUUGAGUUGCAAAUUUACAGUCAACAUUCUGAAAAUGUUAUUGCUUUAUUUUGUAAUAAUAAGGAAUUAAAAUGUAAAAAUGCAUAUAAAGAAUUUAUUGAAGCUUCAAAUGAGCUAGUAGAUAAUGAAAUAGUUUUUGUAUAUGUUGAUACGUUGACACUUCCAAAAACAGCUGAUAACUUUGAAAUAAAAAAUGUUCCAAAAAUUUUAACAUUCAGAGAUUUUGAUCCAGAAAAAGGAUAUACAUUUAGUAAGAAGUAUACAAAGGAAAAUAUAAUCGAAUGGUUUAAAUUAUUGCCAUUACCAUCAAUUGAAGUUAUGGACAAAACUAAUGUAGAUAAAUAUGUUGAAUUACAAAAAAAAAAAGGAUAUGCCAGCAUUAUUGCAUUUGCUAUUAAGAAUUCUGAUAAUGCUCAUAAAUUUGUUCAUUUUGGUGAAACUCAUAAAAUACCCAAUUUAUCUGUUGGUUUAGCUUAUGUUGAAAAAGAAGAAGAAACAAAAAUAGAAAUUUUUAAUGGACCAGGAUCUACAAUUCCAAAUGAUUUAAUUAGAUAUAAGGAUGUAUAUAUCCCAGACAAUAAUAUUUGGGUCUCUGAUAAGAUAUAUAAAUUUACGAAAGAUUAUAUGGAUCAAUUUCCAAUUAUAAUUAAUUACAGUAGAAAAAUAAUAAGACCAAUAAAUAAUGAUAUUUAUUUUUAUAUUUUUAGUAAUUUAGGUGAUUAUUCAGAAUCCUUAUACGCAGAAUUAUAUAAUGUUAUAAAAAAUUAUCCCGAAAUAAAAUUCGUAUUUCCAAAAAGUGAAGAAAAAUCUGAAUUGUUUCAAUUAGAGCAUGAUAUGAAUUUAGUAUGUAUCUUAGACUAUAGAAAUGCAUCAUUUGAUGCUGUAUAUCAAUUACUAAGACCAAAAAAAUUCAUUAAAGAGAUUGAUGGAGAUAUAAAAUCAGAAAUUGUAAAAAAUUUUAUAGAAGAUUUUUAUAACAACAAAAUUACUCAAUAUAGAAAAUCUCAGAAACCUAUCAAAAGAAGAGAACAGCAGCAUUAUCAAAUAAUAUGUACAAAUAAUUUUGAAUCUUUUGUUUUCGAUCCUGAAAGAAUUGUUUUGAUUUUUUAUCAUGUUCAAGGAUGUAAAGAAUGUAAACCAAUAUUAUCUUUUUGGGAAAGUGUGUCUAAUUAUUUUCAUUUAGAGAACAAAUAUAAAAAUGUAUUAGUUGCAACAAUGGAUGCAAAGUUAAAUGACAUGAUUGAUGAAACUGUUGAAUUUUUUCCAACCUUAGCCAUUUAUCCAAAGGGAGAAGAUAAAUUAAAAAGAAGAAAAGUUUUUCUAUUCCCUGUCAAGUUAGAUACAUUAAUUGACAUUGUGGAUGAGAUGUUAGAAGAUAUAGAAGAAGACUUAUAA